UUGAAUCGAAUAAAUUUGAAAUGUCGUCACAUUGUUGUCAUUUAUGAUCAACGUCGACAAAAUUCUCAAACAAAAGUAUGAAAUUAUUUUUUAUUUAACUAUAAAAUGGGUAUAUAAAAACUGUAUGAGUAAAAAAAGAAAACGGCUUUAAGAUUUGGUGAGUUUAGUUUAGUCCAACACUGCUUUAUCUAACAAGCCAGGAGCAGGGAACAUAGUUUCAUCAUUUGCGUCCGCAUAUUAAAAUAUACACAGGAAACACCACCAUUCAUUCCUAUGAAGUCAACCGAUGAUGUCAGCGAUCCUGUCGAAGAAGUAAAUCAACUGACUACAGAAAACAUGGAUGAUCACAGUAAAAAAACUCAAGCCUAUACUGCCAACAAAAACAUGAAAUAUGGUUACAUUAAGUAUGUUAGUUUAGUGACACUCACCUUACAAAAUGCGACUCUGGGGCUCAGUAUGCGAUAUGCCCGCACAAGAGAGGGUGUGGAGAUGUUUUCGUCUGCUGCUGCUGUAGUAAUGACAGAAGUUUUCAAAUUAGUAAUAUGUCUUGGACUUGUUAUGCAAGAGUCUGGAAACGUUAAGAAAGGAUUGCGGUCUAUGUAUGCAACCGUCAUAUUAAAUUUCAAAGACACUUUACGAGUUUGUGUGCCAUCUUUUUUGUAUAUUGUGCAGAAUAACUUGCUUUAUGUGUCAGCAUCUAAUCUGGACGCUGCAACAUAUCAGGUGACAUAUCAGUUAAAAUUAUUAACAACUGCUUUUUUUGCCGUAUUAGUUUUGAAAAGGAAAUUAAAAAAAUGGCAAUGGUUAGCAUUGGGACUGUUGGCUGCUGGAGUGGCACUUGUUCAGUUAUCUGGGAAAUCUGAAAAAUCUACAACGUCGACGGACUUGCCUCAGCAAUCUAGAAUUCUGGGAUUCAGUGCCGCCGUGGCAGCUUGUUUUAUAUCUGGAUUUGCUGGGAUAUAUUUCGAGAAAGUUUUAAAAGAAUCAGAUAUAUCAGUUUGGAUGCGUAACGUGCAGCUAAGUUUACUGUCCCUGCCAUUUGGUACUAUCACAUAUUUUGUCAACGGGGGAUCGGCGCACGAGAUAUUAAAAGGAUUCGAUGCAUUCGUGUGGUACCUAGUGCUGUUGCAAGCUGCUGGUGGCCUUAUCGUUGCAGUAGUGGUCAAAUACGCAGAUAAUAUACUGAAAGGUUUCGCAACAUCCGUGGCUAUAAUAAUAACGUGUAUAGUUUCCAUGUUUAUAUUCAACUUCGUGCUUACCGUGCAGUUCGCCGCGGGCACUCUUCUAGUAAUAAGCUCAAUUUUCCUGUACGGCUACGUACCUAAAAAGCCUGAUCCACGCUCAUUGAGUGUGUGAUCUCAAUCAAAUUAUAUAUUAUUUUAUAUAUUUUGCUUAUGUAUAUUGUAUAUACAUAAUGCCUAAUAGGCAACAUAAUUUUUAAGUAAAAGUCAGUAUAUUUAAAACGAAACAUCGUUGACAGAAACGGAAACCUAAGGCAUGUCUUUCUUCAGUAUUCUAAAAUGUUUUUGUAAAGGCUCAUUAGAGUCCCUUUGGUUAUUGAGUCGUCUCAAAAUGUAACUUAUUCUUUUGAGAUUUUCUUUAUGUAUUUUGAAAAUAACUGUUGGGCAGCAGUGGUCUGCUCGCGGGUGAGGGCGUUGCAAAGAGUUGGGAGGUAAUUUCGAUUUGAAAUAUAUUGUUGUCUUUUUGUGUAUUUAAUAUAGUCUAAGAUCCGGCUGCAAAAUCACUACGUUCAUCGCGUAGUUAAUCAAACUCACAUUUUAACAUACAUUUAUGAAUAGGAUAAUGCAUAGAUAAUAGGGUGCCAGUCAAUAAGUGGCCGCAAGUAAUUUUAAUUAAAUUAAUGUUAAUUAAUUUUCCAAAAAAAAUUUCGUUCACUUGUUUUUUAAAUAAAAUAUCAUCCACAUCAUAGAAAUGUAUGUAAAGAAUUCGAAAAUCAAUGGGUGCCGUUACACACUCGGCCGCAACUACUACGCAGCCAGGUGUAAACAGGUAAUAUUUUGGUCUAUUUAUACGUUCAUGUCGUACACGCAUGUUUUUUAUAUCAAAUUAAAGCUAAUUUUUUUUUAAUAUGAUGAUAUAUCGCUGCCUGUGAAUAAAUGGCCGCAAAUAAAGGUUGCUAGCUGUUAAAAACUCGAGGUAUCCGAGAUAAAGUGAAAGAGAGUUAGCGCGUAACGCCACUUCUUAGACAAGGAUGGCGAGUACCAGCUGUGCUUUUUUCUAAAAUGUUAAUAUUACUUUUAUCAACGUAAUAACACUUUCAAGUUCAAUAAAUAAAUGAUAUCAACAACGUUGUGUAUAACGAGCUCAAAAAGAAGGUUAGCAUAUAAGAAUAAUUUAGCUGCACUGUUGAGAACCCUAUCUAUACGCGUGCGCAAUGGCUUCAAAUACUCGCACAGCUGGUACUCGCCAUCCUUGUCUAACAAGUGGCGUUACGCGCUAACUCUCUUUCACUUUAUCUCGGAUACCUCGAGUUUUUAACAGCUAGCAACCUUUAUUUGCGGCCAUUUAUUCACAGGCAGCGAUAUAUCAUCAUAUUAAAAAAAAAAAAUUAGCUUUAAUUUGAUAUAAAAAACAUGCGUGUACGACAUGAACGUAUAAAUAGACCAAAAUAUUACCUGUUUACACCUGGCUGCGUAGUAGUUGCGGCCGAGUGUGUAACGGCACCCAUUGAUUUUCGAAUUCUUUACAUACAUUUCUAUGAUGUGGAUGAUAUUUUAUUUAAAAAACAAGUGAACGAAAUUUUUUUUGGAAAAUUAAUUAACAUUAAUUUAAUUAAAAUUACUUGCGGCCACUUAUUGACUGGCACCCUAUUAUCUAUGUAUUAUCCUAUUCAUAAAUGUAUGUUAAAAUGUGAGUUUGAUUAACUACGCGAUGAACGUAGUGAUUUUGCAGCCGGAUCUCGUACUAAUACAACACGUUCCUUUGAAUUGUCUUAAUAAGGCAAAACAAUCUUUACAAAAAUAUUUAAAUAUGAAAUGGCCAGUCACUACAGCAAAAACUAAUGCUUCGGCUUGAUGUAGGUACCGUCAUAGCGCCUUACUUGAGACAGUUUUGGAAUUCAGGUGUUUAUAAACUUUUACUGUGUCAACGAAUAGUGACAGUAUUCACAUCUAUAAUAUAGUCUGUACCUUUUUUAUCCAAAAAAUGCUUCCCCAAGCCCAUAGGUACAUCACAGAUUUUUUAUUUUUUUUAUUUUUGCUGUCUCAUGUUACCAUCAUGAAGUGCCAUAAUUGAUACACCACACAAAACAUAUGAAAGUAUCAUGAAUAGAAUUUAAAUGAAUACUUGAGACAGUAAAAAAAUUCAAAAACUACAUGACCAACUGAAAAUUUUUUUUUUGGGCAGCUGCACUAAAUUUUAAGUACCAAAAAUGAAACAAGUUCCGUAUAGCUCAAUUUUUAUUAAUAUUCAUUACAAUCAGUUUAAAUCAACGUUGUUCGCUUAUUUGGCAAUGCAGUGAAAACAAAUAGAAAUACUUUUCUAAAGUAAAAUAAGGAGAAAAUAAUGAAACAAGAAUUUAAUCUUACAUAACUCAAAAACUUAUAACAAUCAUACUCCAAUAUUUUCAUAUAUAGUGGGUACUAUAGUAACUAAAAAAAUAAUACACGUUUUUGGUAGCUUUAUAAGCUAAUCAUUACAAUAAUUAAACAUUACAAAAAUAAUCAGAUAAAUCAGUUUCUAAAAUGAGACGUUUCAAGUUGACUGCAUGUAUCAAAUUGACAACACUUAAGUGAGUACUUGAACUUACAACUAAUAAACAAUAUUCUUCAGUCUUAAAAUUUCAAUCAGUCUUCAUUAAUAAUAAGAUUUGGCUUUAUAUUACUUACAUUUACAUUGAAACUGUAACGACCUCUUUUCAACAAUACUGGCUUAACAACUGAUAUAAUUUUUUGAGAGUCAACAGUCAUAAUAUCAUCAACAGGGGGAAAUACAUAAAUUCCUUUAUUUGUGCUUUUUCUCAAAAACUUACAGGAAUACUCAUUCUCAUUUAAUAUUUCAGUUAUCUGAGCAAAGAACUCUUUUACCAUUGGUUUAUUUUUAAAGCCAUCAUAUAUUAAGUGAAUUUUUACAAAGUCAUACAUUUUUACAGAUACUUCAGAAGUAGGUUCGGUUUCUAUAUGUUCAUUCUUGGUUUCACUUAAAAUUUGUUUCAGUUUCAUUUUAGCAGAUUUGGAGGAUGAUGGUUGCUGUGUUGAUUUAAAUACUUUUGGCUGCGAAGUUAUAUCGUUUUGAUCUUUAGGUUUGCGUUUUAUAUCAAUAGAUUUAGAGGUAGAUGGUUGCUGUUCUGGUUCAUAUACUUUUGGUAGCGUAAUAAUGUCGUCUUGAUUAGUGGAAGAUAAUGGUUCCUGUGGUGAUGCAAAUACUUCUGGCUGAGUAAUUACAUUAUUUUGAUCUUUUGUGGAAGAAGACAGUUUCUGUACUGAUUUAGAUAUUUUUGAUUGCGAAAUUAUGUCCUCUUCACCUUUUGAUUUUUCUCGUGAUUUAGAGACUCUUGGCUGGAAAAAUAUAUUUUCUUGAUCUUCAGAAUCUAAAUAUACAUGUUUUCUUUGUUGUUUUAAUUUAAUGUUAGGAAUGAUAUUUGAUUGGGUUGUGGUUUUUUCUAUCAAAUUAUCGAAAUCUUGUAAUUCAGAUAUAUUAUCACUAUCAGAUGUAUCAUGUACAGAAUAAUUGCUAGAAACUGUAGUAUCCGUGUCUUCUUCACGUGCUGUUUUCGGUUGCGUAAAUAAUGGAUCUGAAUCUAUGUUUACUUCUAAAUAAUCUUCUUCUGCAUCACAAAUUCCCACGUCUACUUCUUCAAUAUUUUGAGUAUUUGAAGGAUUUGUAAUAUCGGAGACUGUAAGGCUUUGACCUGCCGAAGCUUGCAAUUUUUUCUUUCUCACUUUAAGAGGAGCUGAUGUAUUAAGACGACUUUCUUUUAAAAAACUUUCGAAUGCACUCGCCCAUUCUUUAGAUGUGCUGUUAUUUUCUGGAGUUUCAACGGGAAGCUUGGCCAGAACUGUUUGUUUGUUGAGAGGGCAAAUCCCAGCUGCACGAAACCCUGACUUUAAAUUCUCUGAAGAUGUCAACAGUUGAUCUAACGAUCGUUUUAAAAGUCGCGGAAACUGAUCUUUGGGAAUGCAGCCCCUGGUUUUCUGCUUCCAUUCUAAUAAGGUUUUUCGCCAUAUUGCUUUAAGUGGACGGAAGUAAGCGACAUCAAGCGGUUGGGUUAAGUGUGAACUAUUUGCAGGGAGAAAUAUGAAACGAAUAUCUGAUUCCGCACAUUUUUGUAUAACCUUUACAGACAGAUGACUUGCCAGGUUAUCUCCUAGUAUUGCUUUCGGACCUUCACCUACCGAACUGAAAUAAGGUACAACCACUUUGAAAAACCAGUCUUCAAACGUUGUACUGUCAAACCAACCGCUUCUUGUUCGAUUGUAGAAUGUAUUAGCUGGCCCUCCUCUCAACCAAGAAUCGUAAAGGUGCUCAGCCUUAUAUACGACAUAUAUUGGUAAUAAAGCUCCUGAUGCUGAUCCUGCAAACAUAACCGAUGUGCUCGAUUUCGAAGCGUCAAUGAUAUUUUUUGGACUUUUGAAACCUCUUCUUACUAAUACUUUUGUUUUUCCAGGGUCGUCGGUAAAGUUAGUUUCAUCAAAAUUCACAAUUGCUUCUGGUUUUACUCCCUCCAAGCUAAUCAUUAGAUUAUCAAAAUAAUCAGAUAUCAUUUCAGGAUUAACAGCAGCUCUUGCUCUUUUAAUGUUUUCACAAAACUUGUACGAAAUUUCAUGUUUGUUUCGGUCUAAAAAUCCUUUCAACCAAAAUCUUCCUGGCAAAUUGUUCUUAAAUCUAGGUUCUGUCUUUCCCUUCGUGUCAAGGUAUUGCUUCACAAUAAGCGUCAAGUCAAAGGCUGUUAUAGGAAAUCCCCAUUUCCCGCAAAGAAUUAAGGCUUCUACAAUUAUAUUUUCAUCUUCAUUUGAAAAAACUGUGGGUCUUCCAACUUUAUUCAUAUGCUUACAACGCACUUUUCUCUGUACAGUGGCUGGUGGAACAUUAUAUUUUUCUGCAGCUUUUCUAAUCGACAUACCUUUUCGCACUGAAGCCACUGCAUUUUCAACCGCUUCAUUGGAGUAGUUACGGUAUGGCCGUGACCCAAUUUUCUUUCGAUACCUUCCCAUGUUCUGUCAAAAAAUCGAAAUGAAGAUUUAGGUAAGCCCAAGAUAAUUGUCUUUCUUGGCAAAUUUUCUUGUCAAUUAUUUUACCCUUCCAUUGAAAUCUUCAAAACCAUAGUAGACAUGAAAAUUCAUUACAUACACCACAGAUAUAAAAACAUUACAUUAAAUGUAAUGUUAUUAUAUCUGUGACAUACAUCAAAAGAUAAUUUUUAUAGGAUUGAUUAAUAAGAAUAGAACAUUUUACACCAUUGUUAUUUUUAUGAAAAGAUUAUCCAUUAAUCGCAAAAAAAAUCCUUUUCGUUCACAUUCAUAUUAUAUUUAAAAUACUUGACAACAAGUUUACAUGAAUCUAUGGUUUCUAUGAUUUCAUUGAAAUAUUAAAUUUUUGACAGAAAAAAAUGGCCGCAAAACGAGCUUUUAAUUAAAAAGAAAGUUUUAACAAUUAGUAAGCCAUUUUGAGACAUAGUAAAUAACUUGAGACAGUUGGUAACUUGAAACAGUAGGUAACAUGAGACAGUAGAUAACAUGAAACAAAUGUAUCAAAUUACAACCACUUCGAAAUAUUUUCAUUUGGAGUGGCACACAAGCCGUCGUUUUAACUUAAAAUUCACGAAACCUUUGAUAGUUUGUAGCUAAAUAGUAAGGUUAGGUUAUGCAAAGACCAGAUUUUGACAAAGAUCAACACAGAUCGAGUAACAUGUGAAGUUUUAUGAACCACAGAACUUAACAAUUUAUUGUGAAAACUUUCAACUCUAAUUAUUCAUAAAAUAGGCUUGAAAAGACUUACUUUAGUUAUUAUUUAUCUUGCACACACUUUUCUCCUGUCGCCAUGACACUUGCCAGCAGUAAUGUUACCAUGUGUAAAAAAAUAUGGGUGCGUUCGAAAAAACCAGUUAUUUGUAUCAAGUUAACCUGCAGUAUCAAGUAAGGCACAUUGACGGUAUGCAGUCUUUGAUCAACAAUAUAUGUAGGUACCUACUAGAUUUUUAUCCACCGAGUGUGCCUAAGGCGCGAGGGCCUCGCCGAAUGAACAAAAACUAACAAAAAAAUUAUCAAUAUUACUAAGUACAUAUGUAGAUCUUAUCGUAUAGAUAUUUUUAAUCUUGGUACGUAAAUUAGUAUCGUCAUACAUUUUUAAAACAGCCUAAAUGCCAACAAUUUAGUAGUAUCAUGAACUAUAAAUCUGUUUUUCAAUUAAUUAUACAAUAAAAUAUAAAAUAAAUAGAUACAUAUAAAAAUUAUUAUUACUGAUUUAAUAAAUAUGUAGCGUUAAGAUUUUCAAAUCUUCGCCAUAUUCUAUAAUUUUUUAUUAUGUCGGUAUAAGUAUUUUAAAAAGCGCGCCCCCUUUUCUUAUUUUCUCACACAAAAUAUAAUAAAUCAUAGGAUCAUAUUAAAAAGCGUGAAAUGGAGGGUUCAUAAUUAAUCGUACCUAAUAAAGUACAUUUAGUUAGUAACGAAUUAUAAGAUUUUCUUGAUAUAUUUGUUAUUAUUUCAGUAUUUUUUUUUUUUUUAAGUAUAGAAAACCUUGCUAGAAUCCAGUUCUUUUACUUAUUAUAAUUAAAAAUUAUUUUACCUAAAUUACUAUGUGAAUAGCAAUUAAUGAUAGGAAAUUGAAUAAUAAUUUAAAAGAUAACAUCAAAAUGAAUUACUGAUUUUCUUAUCAUUUUGAUAGUAAACAAUUUUAUAUAAGUACAUCUCUAUUAUGUAAUUGAUAUUAAGCACUAUCGCAAUGGAAAAGUUGAAUUACCAUCGAUUUCAUGCAUUUCACCCAUGCCACAAAGCCUAUUUUGCUAUUAUGUUUGGUGAAGAGUGAUGUCAAAAAAGUUUCGUGAUUUAAUGUCUUAAAAUUUAUCAUCAUAAAAGCAUGUUGUACUUACUCUGCCGCAACGCCCCCGUUGGAAUUUUUGUUCUACCUAUGGCAAUUUAAUGUACAACAGAAGAACAUUAUGUACAAAAAACAAUUUAGUAGGUACGUACAGUAAAUUUGAGAAAAAAUGAUAUUUAUGAUGAGCGCCACUCAGAAUUCUUACUUGUAUUUAUACUAGAAAGCUGAUUUUUGAGUUAGACGAUGUACGAACGUUUAUAAGUAAGUGCAUCUUAGAAUAAUAAUGAAAAUGUAAGCAACUAUUGUUUUAUCUAACUUUAAAAGAAAGACCGUAGUUAGCUACGUUGCAGUGAACGCUUCUUCUUUCCUGUCAAUAAGGCAAUUAAUAAAGUAAGUACUAAAUUAAUAACACAGAUUUUGUAACAGUAACAAUUUCAGGAAAACUUCUAUAUCGUCUGCCAUUUAUUUUUUCAUAGCAGCUUGUUGCGGCAGAGUACAACAUCUCAUCAAGCAGGUACAAUAGAAUAAUUUUGUGUCACUACUGAUGGCUGGAACAAUAUGUAACACAAAGACCAUGGAAAACUGUUUCCAAUUUUACUAUAUUAAACAAUAUUAUUUAAUCUGUAAACUAGGAAUAUUACAAGGCAUAAUUCUAAAGUUUGUCAUAGGGUAAUAAAACAUUCACAACUAGUGAUAUUUUUAAAAGAAAAAUGAAUGUGCAGAAAUUCUUAUAAAAGACUUGACCGAUUUUGAUUAAUGUGUACUUAAUUACUUUUUUAUUUGUUUUUUAAAAUCAAUUAUUCUCUAUCACAUACAUAUUUCUUUAAUACUACUGUUGAACUAAAAAAAAUAACUAGGCAAAAAAUAAAAGAAUAUUCAUGACUAAGACUAUUUUAUACACUUUAAUAAUAAAAUAAAAUAUAUGAUACAAUUAA